UACUGUGGUGGCUUCAGUUCUGGGAAGCUGUCACGUUGUCCAUCUUUAUGUGCAGUCUGUGAGUGAAACUAAGAUGCACAGAAGAGACGCAUGUGAGGGAAACGUGGAUUCAAUUAAGGGGGUUUAGAUUUACCCAUAGAGAAAUUGUUGAAAGAAAGAGAGACGGACACAGAGGAAGACAGAGUGAGAACAGGGUGCGUUCCAUCCAUCGUGUCGCUGCAGCAGCUGUCAUCCUUGGAGAGGCUGCCUGCGCCUCUACCAGUUCUCUGCCGUGAUCCAGCUCCUUUUCAUUGGAUUUCACAGCUUGCGGAUGUAGGGAUACGAUUGAAGAGGCGACGCACUCUCGAGCCGUCAGUAGAUUCACUAAUUCUCUUAAAGCUCGUCCGGCCGAAGUCAGAAUAAAGAUGGAGUUCUGGAGGCAAUGCGCGCUGUGGUUAAUACACUGCAAGGUGCUUCCAGCUGAGCACCGGGUUACAUGGGACUCUGCACAGGUAUUUGACUUGGCCCAAACCCUCCGGGAUGGGGUCCUCCUGUGCCAUCUACUCAAUAACCUGAAACCCCAGUCCGUCAACUUGAAGGAAAUCAACCUCAGACCUCAAAUGUCACAGUUCCUGUGCCUCAAGAACAUCAGGACCUUCCUGGAAGCUUGCAGCGAGAUAUUUGGCAUGAAGAAGAGUGAGCUGUUCGAAGCCUUUGACCUUUUUGACGUCAGGGACUUUGGAAAGGUUAUGGACACAUUAUCUAAACUUUCCCACACAGUGAUUGUGCAACAGACUGGAAUCAGACCCUUUCCAACAGAGGAGAGUGUUGAAGAUGAUGGAAUCUACAACCACCUGGAGGAUCUCAUUGAUGAGGUGGAGGAUGAGGAGGAUCUCUAUGACUGCGUGUAUGAUGAUGAAGAUGGUGACGAGAUCUAUGAGGACCUGAUGAAGACAGAAGCUAUGCCUUCUCUGGCGCUUCACAGGCAGGUGGAGACUGACAUCAGGAGCUGCUGUUUAACAGAGAUGAAACAGACAGAGGAGAAAUACACUGAGACUCUGGAGUCUAUAGAGAAGCACUUUAUGACACCCCUCACCAUGUUUUUAUCCACGGCCGAGAUGGACAAGGUUUUUGUGAAUAUCCCAGAUCUUGUUAAAGUUCACAAGCGUUUACUGCUAGAAAUUCAAGACUCCAUCCAUCACAGAAGUGCCCAGAACCUUUACCAGAUCUUCAUCACUUUCAAAGAGAGUUUGUUGAUCUAUGGAAAAUACUGUAGCCAUGUAGAGACAGCCAUUGCCACUCUGGAUACCAUCUGUAAAGACAGAGAGGACAUAUGCAUGAAGCUACAGGAAUGUUCAAAGAGAGCCAACUCUGGCAAGUUCACGCUAAGGGAUCUGCUGGUGGUUCCUAUGCAGCGAGUCUUGAAGUACCACCUUCUCCUGCAGGAGCUGGUGAAGCACACUAAUGAUGUCACAGAGAAGAGUAAUCUGCGGAUAGCACUGGAUGCCAUGAAGGACUUGGCUCAGUACGUUAACGAAGUCAAGCGAGACAACGAGACAUUGCGAGAAAUAGAUCAAUAUCAAAAAUCCAUUGAGAACCUGAAUCAGCGUCUGAUUAACUAUGGUAGGCCCAAAGGUGAUGGGGAAGUGCGGCUGGCCUCGGUGGACAAACGAGCUAAACAAGACAGGCACAUCUUCCUGUUUGAUGCUGCAGUGAUUGUGUGCAAGCGGCGGGGAGACAACUAUGAGAUGAAAGAAAUAAUUGACCUGCAUCUUUUCAAGGUCACCAACAACCUGACAUCAGACAAGGAGAUUCGAAAGUGGUCCUAUGGAUUCUACCUCACUCAUAACAAGGGUCAGAGUGGCUUUGAAUUGUUCUUCAAGACCAAAGAAUUGAAAAAGAAAUGGCUGGAGCAGUUUGGCAUGGCCAUAUCCAACAUUCGUCCUGAGAAUGAGAAUAACAACCUCCAUGAGUUUCGAAUGCACACCUUUGAAAGAAUCACUUACUGCAGUGCUUGCCACAUGCUGUUAAGAGGCAUCUUUUACCAGGGAUACCUGUGCCACAAGUGUCAUCUAGGUGCCCAUAAAGAAUGCCUGGGCCGCUUUGGCUGCUGUGGAAAAACAGAUCCUGGCUCUGUCAGAACUCAGGGCAAAGCUCAAGAUCCAGGUCUGCCCAAGAUGCUGGUAAUCAGGAACUACUCCGGCGUGCCGAGCCCCACUUCUGGUCCAGCAUUGAACAUCCAGACCGGUGAUAUCAUUGAGUUAAUCUGCGCAGACCUUCAAAGCCUGUGGUGGCAGGGCAAACUCCUGUCAACAAAAGAGGUUGGCUUCUUUCCAAGCAACUCUGUGAAGCCCUGCCCAUGUGUACCAAAGCCCGUCGAUUACUCUUUGCAGCCAUGGUUUGCAGGGCCCAUGGAGCGGCUCCAGGCAGAAGCGCAACUCAUCAACAGGGUCAACAGCACCUAUCUGGUCCGCCAUCGCUGUAGAGAGUACACGGAGUAUGCCAUCAGCAUAAAGUACAACAACGACGUGAAGCACAUAAAGAUCCUGACUAAGGAGGACUGCUUUCACAUCACUGAGAACAAGAAAUUCAGGAGUAUAUUAGAGCUGAUUGAGUACUACAAACACCACUCACUGAGAGAGGGCUUUAGGAGUCUGGACACUACGCUGCAGUUUCCUUUCCGAGAACUGGAGAGCACUACUGUGCACCGCCUCAACCGGCCUGGUGGCAAUGUGUUUACUUCCAAAGUGAUCGGUGUGGCCCUAGCGCGGUAUGACUUCAGCUCUCGUGACACACGGGAGCUCUCGUUGCAGGAGGGUAAUGUGGUUAAGAUCUACACAAAGUCAGGAGCUAAUGGCUGGUGGAGGGGCGAGGUCAACGGCAGGGUCGGCUGGUUUCCAUCCACGUACGUAGAAGAGAUUGAGGAGUGAAAGGUCCAGCAUGGGAAGAAGAAUAUAGCAAAAGAGGAAUAGUGGCAGUUGGUUAAGCAAAGUGAGCAAAUAUCACUGAGAAACAGCGAGGACUUGUACACCAACUGCAUGCUGCAGUGUUACUUUUGACUUCACUCUCCUUCAUGGAGGCUUGUUGCCUACAAACAUAUGCUUUUGGGAGAGAAAAGGCCACAGUGUGCUAUAGUGUGCAACUAACAGCUUUUCUGUCAUUGGGGCACAUGCCUUCAGCAGACAUCCCUCCUUGCUCCCCAUCUUCGUCCAUCCAUUCAUAAUUCAGCCUUUGCUCUCUCUUUCUCUUUGCCCCAGCCAGCCGGAGCCCUUAACUCCCAAAUGUUUCCAUUUGCCAAGCUGGCUGUCGCAAAGCUGUCAGAAGUAGACACUCAGAUGGCACUCUUCCAUACCCCAAUCCAUCCAUCCCUCCCACCACCCCUGGUGGGAGUAGAGUCAUCUGAGCUGGAAAAGACUCACACUCUGAAGGGAUCUCAGUCAGCUUUGACCUUGCUUGUGUGUUCAUUCCAUUCAUGUAGAUGAUAAAUGAGGACUUGAUGACCCAGCUUCACACACCACCCACCUCUCCUCCUCUUCAGACCUUCAUCACCACAUACACACACUUGUUUUCAUCCCUAUAUAAACUUGAAUUCAUUUCCAGGAGACUUACCCUAACCUUAACCAAAGCCAACACUUGCUCUAACUUUACAUCCCUUCCUUUUGAAAAAAUAGAUGAACUACAUCAUGUGGACCAGCCUCCAGUGUGUGAACAUAGUAACUCAUGGAUUUCAGGCCAUACAAGUAUAGAAAAUCGAGGCCACACACACACACACACACACACACACACUUGUUGUGCUUCCAUAACUUCUAGUGAUUUUACUUUAAUUUAGAUUCCUGGAGACUUACCCUAAUAUUAACCAUAACUACUACUUGCCUGGCUGGCUGGGAUUGUCUCCAGCCCCCCAGAUGUCAUACGGUCAUAUGAAGAUGGUUAAAACACGACCACUUUCUUUAGUCUGAAGUUUUUCUUUGCCUAUGUUCCAUGAGUUCUUCUCAACUCAGAUACAGAAGAGUUAGAGGGAACGUACCUAGAUUUCCACUCACACUGAUGCAUGACUUUUGAAAAAUCAUUCAUCUCAAACUGUAAUAAUUUAACAUGCAAUGUACAGAUAAUACAAUGAUAUGUUUGAGCAUAGCAUCCCUUAGUUUUCCACUUAACUGAAAACAUGGUGUACUUAGACAUUGUUGGAGUUUCACUUUAAGUUUAAAUACCACUGAUGUUGCUAACCAGGGGAAACUGCCACUGGUCAGAAUUUCCUUUCAGAGCUGUCCUCUUCCCAUGACAUCUUUAUUCUGUUGAUGUAUUUGACUGGUGACUAUUUUGCCAUAAGUAUCAUUUGUUAAUGUAAGUCAGAAUUUAUUGUACUGUAAAUAUAUGGUUUUGUAUGCAUAUAAUGGAGCCAUUAUGUUUGAAAGCCAUUAGUGACCCCUCGCCAAACCGGCUGCCAUGUGCCUCUAUCACAUAUGACAACAGUUCUUGUGCUGUCAUGUUAUUAUUUAACUGCUGAACUUUAGAAAUGGUUUUAAAGAACUUUUUGCAUUGUGACAUCUCUGUUUUGUUUUAAGAGCUUAUUUGAAUAACCACUAGAUGGAAGCAUCCUAAAUGCCUCUUCCUCUCCUAGCAGUCACUUUCAACUUGUUGAAAUUUGGUGAUGCUGAUUAAGAGGUGAACAGUAUGAAAGAGGCAUCAGCCACAGAUUAGUUGUUGUAAGGGAGAGAAGAUGCCUUAAUGAUGCACACUAAAGUAGGAUACAGUUCAGGUUUUUCCUAGGAUGUAGGGUUAAGGUUAGGCAAACCCCAAAUAUCUAAUGAAAUUAUUAUAAAAUACAUUUUAAAAUAAGUCACCACAUUGCCUAUCAUGAAUUUCUCAAUUUCUAGUAGGAACCAUAAUAUUUCCCCUCCUCUGCUCCUUCCUAAAAUGUCUGCAGUGUCUGAACAGUCAAACAUUAUCUUUAGGAAAUCUUAGAGACAGCUACAAUGGGCAGCAGCUCAGAUUAAAUCUAGCACAAGCCUGUCUCUUGUCAUAGGUGAACAGAAGAGGCAGAAUAGGCUUCUUUUUCCAUAGACUCUGGUGAUCUACUAAUGCACUCCCUCAGUCACUGGGGCUAUUUACACCUGCAGGCCUUCCUCUCCGCCAAGUGCGCUUCCAAAUUUUUUUGUAGGACUAGAGGAAGGCUCAACGGUAUCUAUGAUCUAAUCAUUACACUGCCCCCUCACUUCAGCAACACUGCUGCAUCCAUCUCUCUGUUGACUCCCUUCUCUCUCACCAUCUCUCUGUUCUCUGUUCACUCUGAUGCUCUGUAACUGCCACUGCUUCAUGUUGGCAGAAGGAGAACAGAAGAGUUAGUAUUGUUGGCCCAGGAAGGAGAUGGAGACAGCCUUUAUAAACAACCACAGAAAAAGUUUAAAUUCACCACAGACUAAUAGACUGAGAGAAAUAAUGCAGAUUAAAGAAUGAAUUUGAGUUUGCCUUCAUUUAAACUGACUGAUUAUGUCCAUAUGUGUAGGCACACAGUGUAUACAUGGGGGAAAAGACUGGAUCCAUUCAAAACUGAAUUCAUUACACAGUAAAAUGUGUAAAAGGUAAAGGGGCCUGAAUUUCUCAAUUUACCAGCCUGUAUCUAUGAAAAGACAUUAGGGCUCUUGGUAAUGAUGGCGUCCAAUCCAUGAGGACGACCACCUCAAAUACAGAUAAGAAAUGAUGGUUAAUGUUUGAAAUAGAAUUUUUCAGAUUUGUUAUGCUAAAUACUACAGACAGAUGUUUGCCAAUGAAAAGGCCAAGCCGGCGAAUUUAAGCAUGAGGCUAAUAGAAGAUUGCUAAUGUUACAUUGCACUCCAUUAGCAAACAUUAUGAGAAGAUAAGAUGUUUAUUACUUGCUAAACUGGUAUGCCUAAUGUUAGCUACAUGCUUAAAUUCCAGUGGAUUAGUAUGUUGGAUAAUAACUGAAAGUAUAUUAGCAGUCAUUUCUUACCUGUACUCCAAGCGGACGUCCUUACGGAGCAAAUGCCAUUAUGUUUUCUACUAUUUGAACUGGCGAGAUCAGGCAAGAAUGACAGCAUUACAUGGUGAGAUGCAUAAGCAUAAGCCCCAGUACAGUAUCUGUAGUUACAUAUUUAUGGAAGGGACCAAGGUAAUUAUGCUCCAACCCAGCCUGUGCAACUAAUGCUGCAUUUACAUAUGCAUGUGUAAGUGGGAAAUAUCUUGUUAACAAGUGUGACCAUUAAACUGUCUCAUGAAACAAUAGUGAUUGCUUUUCAACUGUGAUUACUGUCAUGACAGGUUUAAAACUGCCCCAGAAACACAACUUUCUCCUUGGUUCUCAUCAUGUCCACACCAACCAGUUGAAUGUGUAGUGGAGGAAAUUCCAAUUUAGAAUAUUCCUAGUUCCCAAAUUUCCUGGAGGCAACAAGAUUGAGGUUACCAUCGUCAACCUUCUGUGAUAGGUCCAUUUCUGUUAGCCCCGCCUCCUGCACCAGAA